AUGGCUAUUUCCAAGUCUUUCAUCCUUGCCGCUCUUUUGGCUUACGCCGAGGCUCGAUUCGGCCAGGAGCAGGAGCCUGUUGCUGCUGUCCAGGCACUUGAUGGAACUUUCGGUGACCCUGGUGCUGCUGCUACCAUUGCUGGUAGCAUCCCCAGCUCUCUGCUCGCCGCUGCUAGCCCUUGUGACAAGCUCACUAUCGCUGAUCAGAUGAUCACUGAGCUUGGAGAUGACCAGGCUGUUAUCGAUGCAGCUAUCGGCCUCGUCGCCGCCGAGACCAACUUCAACCCCUCGGCUGUUGACAAGCCCUUUGUCUGUGCCGACCCUGCUCUGCCCGCCACUGCUGCUCUUCGAGGAAUCAUUCCCCUCGUUGACCCAGCUGUCGAUGGCGCCGCUACCGAGAAUGCCAACUCAGCCACUUCAGUUCAAACCCCCUUUGACGCCGAAGGCCUGUCUCAGGCUGAGGUAAUGAUCGCACAGGGAUUCACCACAUUCCAGGCUGUCGAUGCCAGUGGUGCCAACGUCCAGCUCGCCGGUCAGGAUGCUGCCGCCGGAGGCGGUGCUGCUGGAGGUGCCGCUGGAGGUGCCGCCGGAGGUGACGCUGCCGCUGGAGGUGACAAUGCCGCUGAUAACGGUGCUGAUGCUGGCGCUGGUAACGGCAACGGAAACGGAAACGGAAACCAGAAUGAUAACCAAGACGAAGACUGCGAGGAGGACGACGCCGCCAACAACAACAACAACCAGAAUGGUAACCAGAACAAUGGCAACGGUAACCAGAACGGUGGUAACAACAACAACAACCAGAACGGCAACGACAACGCUGAUGAUGCUGCUGACGAUGCUGCUGACGACAACGCUGGUGGCAACGCUGGCAACAACAACGGAAACGACAACGCCGAUGACGCUGCUGACGACAACGCUGGUGGAAAUGCCGGUGGCAACGCUGGAAACGCUGGCGGCAACGCUGGUGCUCUCGACUUUGGUAUCUGCCAGCCCACUAUGGCCCUCAUCGGCGGUCUCAACGGCCGCCCUGCCGAUGAGUUGACCUUCAUCCCUCAGGACGCCACCAUUGCCGAAGGUCAACAGGAGGCUCUCAACCCCAACAUCAUCACCAACCGUAUCUGCGAUCAGCUCACCAACGUCUGCGAUGCCAGUGCUGAGGCUGUCGCAGCUUGCGAGGAUGCCCAGGCCGAGAUCGAGGCCUUGGGAACUCGCGACCAGAGCACCGCCGACACAUGGAACGCUCUGCUUGGAUUCGCCGGUGUUGACUCUUCUCAACAGCAGGUUUAA